GAAGAGACUGCGGUACCUCGGUACCCCAAGGGCUGUUGAAGGCAGCGAGGAAGAGCGGCCAGUUAAACCUGUCGGGUAGAAACCUCAGUGAAGGGCAAUUACCAAAGCCAAAAUUAUGUAUUUUAUCGGCCCCUUUGUGAAACUACACUGUUCCCUGCCGAGACGCUCUUCUGUAUGCAACUGUGCAGAGUCCUAAUGACAAGGAAUAAUGAGUAUAUUUUCUGAGUUGAAGAUCAAGAUAGAUGCCACACAGAGUGUUUCAAUGUGGGGACAUCUUGAGAAACCAGUUAAAGACCAACAAGCACAAAUCUGGAUAUCAUGAAUGAAUGGCUGAGGAGGAGGAGGAAAAGCAGGGGAUGGUCUUGCUUUCUCACGGGUGGCAGAGGCAGCAGAAAAUCCAUAUUGUGGUGCUAAUGGAACUAGUGCCGCAGUGUGUCUGGAGAAUAAAUGUGGAUAUCCCUGAGGAAGCUAAUCAGAAUCUUUCAUUUGGUGCUACUGAAAGAUGGUGGGAGCAGACAGAUUUGACCAAACUCAUAAUAUCAAACAAUAAACUUCAGUCACUUACAGAUGACCUACGACUCCUGCCUGCACUGACUGUUCUUGAUAUACAUGAUAAUCAGCUGACAUCCCUUCCUUCUGCUAUAAGAGAGCUAGAAAAUCUUCAGAAACUUAAUGUCAGCCAUAACAAACUGAAAAUACUCCCUGAAGAAAUUACAAACCUAAGAAAUCUGAAGUGCCUGUAUCUCCAGCAUAAUGAACUAACCUGCAUAUCAGAGGGAUUUGAACAACUUUCCAAUUUAGAAGAUUUAGAUCUUUCAAACAAUCGUCUUACAACUGUUCCUGCUAGUUUUUCUUCUCUGUCCAGUCUGGUGAGACUCAAUCUUUCUAGUAAUCAACUGAAGAGUUUACCAGCAGAAAUAAAUAGAAUGAAAAGGUUGAAGCAUUUGGAUUGUAAUUCAAAUCUCUUGGAAACUAUACCUCCUGAAUUGGCUGGCAUGGAAUCACUAGAAUUGCUGUAUUUGCGGAGGAAUAAAUUACGUUUUCUACCAGAAUUUCCUUCUUGUAGUCUGUUGAAGGAAUUGCACGUAGGUGAAAACCAGAUUGAAAUGUUAGAGGCAGAACAUCUUAAACAUCUGAAUUCAAUUCUUGUGCUAGACCUGAGGGAUAACAAGUUAAAAUCUGUUCCAGAUGAAAUUACACUACUACAGUCCUUGGAAAGGCUUGACCUAAGCAACAAUGAUAUUAGUAGUCUUCCCUAUUCAUUGGGGAACCUUCAUUUGAAAUUUUUGGCAUUAGAAGGAAAUCCUUUGAGAACAAUUAGAAGAGAAAUUAUAAAUAAAGGAACACAAGAAGUCCUAAAAUAUCUACGAAGCAAGAUCAAAGAUGAUGGACCUAGCCAAAGUGAAUCUGCUGCUGAGACUGCCAUGACACUACCAAGUGAAUCCAGAGUCAAUAUACAUGCCAUCGUUACAUUAAAAAUAUUGGACUAUAGUGAUAAACAAGCAACUUUGAUUCCUGAUGAGGUGUUUAACGCAGUAAAAAGCAACAUCAUCACUUCUAUUAACUUCAGUAAGAAUCAACUAUGUGAAAUUCCAAAAAGGAUGGUAGAACUGAAGGAAAUGGUUUCUGAUGUCAAUCUCAGUUUUAAUAAACUUUCAUUUAUAUCCUUGGAGUUAUGUAUGCUUCAAAAAUUGACUUUUUUAGAUCUCAGGAACAAUUUUUUAAAUUCUUUGCCCGAAGAAAUGGAAUCACUGGUAAGACUACAAACGAUCAAUCUUUCCUUUAAUAGGUUUAAAAUGCUACCUGAAGUUCUGUAUCGUAUCUUCACACUUGAAACAAUUCUGAUUAGUAAUAAUCAGGUUGGAUCUGUGGACCCUCAGAAAAUGAAGAUGAUGGAAAAUCUGACCACGUUGGACCUUCAAAAUAAUGACCUUUUACAAAUUCCACCAGAGCUCGGUAAUUGUGUGAACUUAAGAACAUUACUUCUGGAUGGAAAUCCAUUCCGAGUUCCUCGAGCAGCCGUAUUAAUCAAAGGAACAGCUGCUAUACUUGAAUAUUUGAGAGACCGAAUUCCUACUUAACAUGGAGUUGCUUUAUAACCCUUGUCAUGUAUUAUUAACCCUGGUUAAUUCUAAGGAGGAUAUAACAUUUGUUUUAGUAUCAUCUUAAAAAAUGAUUGCUAUAAUUGAUCUUGUAGUUUCCCAGUAUCACCUACCCGUUGGUAUAAUUAGCCUGGGCCAUAUUCACUGCCAGUAAAUAUUUUUACAUUUUUAUUUAAGAUUUUUGUAAGGUGUUGUAUACAUUUGUAAUGGUGAUAACCACAAAGUGUUCAUACAUUUGUUCUAAAUGUUUUGCAUAGGAUUUAUCCUACUAACUUUCAUUUUCUUAUAGCAAGCAAUUUCUUCAAAAGUGAAUUUUUGUUUAAUGUGGUUUAGUAUUAUAAUAACAAAGCAUUUUUGUAGAACUGGUUUUUUUUCUCAUUUCUUUUUGUAUUCCAUACAAUGUGACCAAUUGACUUGAAUAUGACUAGCCAGUUUCUAUGUUUUUGUUAGAUAUAAAAUUAAAUCGAAUUUUGUUGAAUGCUGUUCUUCGGCAUUUAAAAAAUAAGACCUCAUCUUGGGCCACAUGUCAAAAGAAAAAGGAAACAAAAAUAUAUUAAAAGUAAGACUUUUCAUUACCCAUGAUAGGACUUUUGUGAUGUGACUAAUCUCAGUACACAUUUCAACUUAAAACCUUUUUAUUUACAGCACCAUAAUUUUAAAAUUUACUUGCAAUCUUGGUAAGACUAAACUUGCACUAUUUUUCUAAAAGGGAAUUUGAUAUAGAUAAACUUGAUUUAAUAAAAAUUAAAUAUCAUUUUUGUUUACACCAAAAUUAUCAGAAAUAGGUUGAUUAGUCAUUAUAACACCAUAUGAUUCUAUUAAGUCAAUUCAGUAGCAUGUAUAUCAAUUUAUAUAGAUAGAUAGAUAGCUUUUGGAUGAUUGAGGCAUGCUUAUAUUAUGAAAAAAAUUGCCAAUAAAGAUAAAUACUACAUGUUCAGAAUAAAAGUUACAUUUUUCAAAUAUUGA